AUCCAUUAAAAAAUAUUUAAGAUUUAUUAAAAGUACAUGCACAUCAAACGGUCUUCGUAUCAAUGAUUUCAAGAUUAACAUAAUUUUUCUUGGAAGAUGAAGAGAGAACUCAAUGAUAAUUUCACUAUUGGUGAAAUUCUUACUACUGUUAGACAGAAAUGGUACGAGGAAUAUCAGAAAGCAGAAAGGCCCUACAAGCACUCCAAAUCUGAAGCUGACGUUCUGCAUUUAAGAGAUGAAGGAAAGAAGUAUCUGGAUGCAGAAACCGCUGCCUUUCAACUGAAACAAUCUAAAUCGCAAGAUUCAGAGACAAAAUGGUUAAAAACGGCAUUGCAACGAGGUACUACUUCGGAUAAGACAGCAGCCGGUAUAGUGCUGGUACAAGAUAAUCCCAAGUAUAAUCUCGGUCGUCUGAUAUCCUUGAUAUCUCAAGUACGAAGCACCAAACAUAAUCAAUGUGGCAUGAUUAUUACAUCAUUGAAAGAACUCUUCCUGGAGGAUUUGUUGCACCCUACAUUUAAAUUAUUAAAAUUAGAAGAGCAAGAUUUAGACAAGCUCGAUAUUAAUCUUAAUAAUGGGUCAGAUUCCAUUAUUAAGACAAACGCUGGUAGAAAUAGAUUGUUGGCACAUUGGUAUUUCGAGGAUCAACUACGUGAACAGUAUGAACGUUUUGUUACAAAUCUCUCCGCAGUGGCUUCCAAUACGGUAGAUACAAACCGUGAGAAAGCCAUAUCUAUAAUGAGCGGUCUGUUGAUAGCUAACGCUGAGCAGGAACACAAGUUGCUGGAGUUACUUGUGAAUAAACUUGGUGAUCCAAGCAGUAAGGUUGGCUCCAAAGCUGUAUUUUGUUUAAAUAAACUAUUGUAUGAGCAUCCCAAUAUGAAGCUCAUAGUUUUGCGUGAAGUUGAGAAAUUGUUAUUUAGAAGAAAUGUGAACCAGCGUACUCAGUAUUACGCUAUAUGUCUGUUAUCGCAAUAUGUUUUGGAUAAAAACGAUGAGGAAAUAGCUGCUACUCUGAUAGAAGUAUAUUUUGCAUUUUUCAAAGCAUGUUUGAAGAAAGGGGAACCUGAUAGUAGAAUGAUGGCAGCAAUUUUAAUGGGCGUUAGUAGAGCGUAUCCUUUUGCCAAAAUAGACUCGAAGAUAUUGAACGAACACAUUGAUUCUAUCUACAAAGUGGUACACCUUGGAUCGUUUAAUGUCUCUCUUAAUGCACUUAACUUAUUACAUCAGAUAACUGGCAAGGACGAGUCUCAGACGAAUCGAUUUUAUUCGGCCUUUUAUAGAAAGUUAUUCGAUCGGCAAAUAGGAGUAGCGAAUAAGCAUGCGGUGUUUCUUAACUUAUUGUAUCGAGUCCUUCAAAAGGAUCAAAGUAUAUUACGUUCAUAUGCUUUUAUCAAAAGAAUUUUGCAGAUUACAUUUUAUUUUUCUGCAAAUAUGGUAUGUGCCAUGCUGUACAUUGUCUCCAAAGUUCUCGAAAGACGCAGAGACUUAAAAUAUAUGUUAUUUGAGCCAUAUAAGGUUAUUAAAGCCGAAAAUGACGUUUGUGAAGUAAACGAUAGCUUAUCAGACACGGAAGAUGUUCAUGUAAUAGAAAAUGAAAACUCUAUCAUGUUAUCGAAUAUCAUAGUUGGUUCGGAUAGCGAAACGAAGCCGGAUGUGAAGAAAGAAUCUGACAUAAAAGUUGAGAUGCAAGAUGUAAAACCAUAUGAUCCUUUUUGUAGGAAUCCUUUGUAUGCAGGUGCAACCAAAGGGAUCAAUGCCGAGCUAGAAGCAUUAUCUAGACACUUCCAUCCGAGCGUUUCUUUAUUCGCGAAUCAAAUUAUUCAAGGGAAAUCGAUCGAGUAUACAGGUGAUCCUUUGGAGGAUCUGACGUUGAUUCGAUUUUUGGAUCGAUACGUUUUCAAAAAUCCGAAAAAAUUGGAGUCCAAGAAAGUGCAGAAAAAGAAUGAUCCUUUGGCACAACGUGCCGGAUACACGCCUAAGGGUAUACGAUCCCUUUCGGUGGAUAGCGCAGCAUAUCUCAAUGAGAGAGAGGAGCGAAUACCUGUAGACGAGUUGUUUCUAUAUCGAUACUUGAAACAGAAAGAUGAGAUCAAAAAGCGUGUCAAGAAAGAAGAUGAUGAAGAUGACGAAGACGCAGACAGCGUUAACAGUGAAGAGUUCAAUGAUAUGUUGGAUCGUAUGGGCGGUGGCCAAAAUUUCGGUCAAGAUUUCGAUGACUUAGAUAUAGCGGCGGAUAUCCAACCUAGGAAGAAAAAAGGUAAAGCGAAUGAAGAAUCUGAUGAUGACGAAGACACCGAAGAUAAUGUUAGUCAAUCUGAAGAUGACGAUAUCAUCGAUGAUGCAUCUGAAGAUUUUGAUGAAGAUAUCGCAGAUAACGACGAGUUGCAAGAUCUAAGCGAUAUUGAUCUUGUAGAUAUAGAUGACGAAAAUCUGAGCGAUAUCGAGUUCAACGAUUCCGAAGACGAAGGGUCUGUAGAUGACAAAUUAAUUUCAAGUUUGAAUAAAAAGCUAAACGCGAAGAAGAGUCCGAAAAAUAAAGAGAAGAAAAAAGGAAUCGAUAGCAGUAUAUUCGUAUCGGCAGAAAAGUUCGCAGAGAUGUUGGAGGAACAAAAUAAAUCGAAAGGAAAGCACGGUGGUAGUAACGUUUUUAGCAGUAGUGAUGGUGCUAGCGCAAAGCAGAUAGAUUGGGAAAUAAAACGACAUCAACGGAUGAAGGGACCAUUUGGGAAAAAGCGAAAGUCUGUUCAAUCGUCUAAUAAUAAUCGAGCUAAAAAAUUCAAACGAUGA